AUGUAUUAAUUAUUAGAAACAUAGCCAGAUUUUAACUGUAUUAAUAAAGAUGGAUAGGCUGAAUAUGCUAUUUAUGAUCCUCAGUUAUCAUUAUUAUGCAAGAAAUGUUUAGAAGAAGAAAGUAGACAAAAUCUUUAAGUCCUAAAAUUGUAAGAUGCGAUGAAGAAAGUUGAAGAAAAAUUAGAUUUAGUGGAAAUAAAGAUUAAUUCACAAAAAAAUAAACUAUCUGAAUUAAUAAAUUCAACAAGAGAAUUUAGAACAUAAAUUCUAACUUUUUUUGAUCAUCUUCUAGCAACUCUCUAAAUUUGGAACUAAGAAUUAUAAUAUAUGAAUAAAAAUUCCAAUAAAUUUCAAGAAUUAUCAUAAUUGGUAACAAAAUAAACAACUUCAUUUGAAUAACAAUUUAACUUAAACAACUAUAUUUAUAAAACCAAGAUUUGCAAUCGUUUCAGAGAGUACAAUUUCGACUAUUAAAAUGAGCAGCAAAAAUUUUCAAGGCUACUUACCAAAUUAAUGAAGGAAACAUAAGUACCAAAUUUUGAAACUUAAAUCAAUUUGACAAUGAAUUAAUAAGUGCCCCAAAAAGAGUGUUGUUUGAAUAUAGCAUUUAAUUUUUCUGAUUCAUUAAUGAUAUCUACAAAAGUCUAGAAUAUUUAAAUUUGGAGAUUUGAUAACGGUAAAAUUAAUAUGCCCCAAAAUUUGGGGAAUCAUGAUGAUUGGGUUAAUUGCAUAAUUUAUAGCAAAUAAUAGGAGGCCUUUUUUUCAGGAUCAGAUGAUGAAACAAUAAGAAUUUGGAAACUAUAGAAUAAUUCUUGGACCUCUUCAAAACCUUUUAAAAAACAUAAAGUUUAUAGUUUGCUAUUAAAUUCAAAGGAGGACUAAUUAUUUUCAGGUGGGAAUGAUCACUAAAUUAUAGUUUGGAAAGUAAACUUAAAAAUGAAUGAGUUAAUUUUGGUAUAUGAAUUAAGUAAACACAAAGAUUCUGUACUCUCAAUGUCAUUGAAUUAAUCAGAAAAUAUUUUAGUGUCUUGCUCUAAUUUGAGAUCUGAAAUUAUUGUUUGGGAAAAUGGAUAGGAUAAUAAAAUGAAAUUUAAAUAAUUAGUUAAGUAAAGCCAAUCACAACACUAUCCCGGAAAAAAGCUUUUCUUUUUAUCUGAAAAUUAUUUUAUUUGGGUUACAGCAAAUAGGGAUGCUGAUAAAAUCUUUGUUUUUGAAAGGAAAAAUGGACGUUUCCAAGAAAACUCUGAAUAAACUAUAGAAUUAAAUUAAGAAAGAGAAAAUGAUGAUAUGUUUCUCUUUCCAAUUGUUAAAGAUGAGAAAACUUAGCUAAUUAUUGUAAGACAUAAAACUCAUAUAUAUUUCUUAAAAGAUUUUGGUUAGGGAAAGCUGAAAAUUAUUUAACAAUUGAAUUGCGAAACAACAAACAUUUAUGGAACAAUUACGAAUAAUAUGUAAUAUCUAAUAUAUUGGGAUAGCAAAACACAAGGUUAUACAGUGUAUGAAUUUAAAAGAACUGAAAUAUAAGUUCAUUAAUGA